GGGAAGCCAACCCGACCAAACGUCGUCUCUUUCCUUUCCUCUGCAUGCUUCGUCAUGUUACUUCCCUCCACCUUCCACCAUCGUGUCUCUGCCCUUGUCUUUCUCCUCUGUUUCGUCGGAGUCAACUCUGAUGAACCAGAACGUCAACUUCUACUACACCUUAAAGCAGCUCUUCAGGCGUCAAAUCCCAGCGUGUUUGUCACGUGGAAUGCUUCUAAUUCAGUAUGCAGCUUCAACGGAAUCACGUGCAAUCCAGGCGGUUCGGUGACCGGAAUCGAUCUCUCCGAUAACAUGCUUGCUGGUUUUCUUCCUUUCGACUCCAUUUGCCAGCUCCAAUCGCUCGAGAAGCUCUCGUUUGGGUUCAAUUCAUUGCAUGGAAACAUCUCUCAGGAUUUGAGAAACUGCGUCAAAUUGAAGUACUUGGACUUGGGCAAUAAUAUUUUCUCUGGGCCAUUCCCUGACAUUUCUCCUCUCGCCCAGUUGCAGUAUCUAUAUUUAAAUCAAAGUGGCUUCUCUGGAACUUUCCCAUGGAAGUCACUGCAAAAUAUGGCGAGUCUGGAGGUGUUAAGCGUCGGAGAUAACCCCUUUCACCUCACUCCUUUUCCUUCUGAAGUUGUGAACCUCAAGAAAUUGAAAUGGCUAUAUCUGUCAAAUUGCACUCUUGGUGGGAAAAUACCAGCAGGGAUCGGUAACCUCACAGAGCUCAUGAACUUGGAAUUUUCCGACAAUUUUAUAUCUGGCGAGAUUCCUUCAGAGAUCGGCAAGCUUCGAAAACUAUGGCAGCUUGAGAUGUACAACAAUUCGUUCACCGGGAAACUUCCAUAUGGGUUAAGAAACCUCACAAGGUUAGAGUACUUCGAUGCGUCAAUGAAUAAUCUGGGAGGCAAUCUUUCUGAGUUGAGGUUCUUGACUAAUCUGGUUUCUCUGCAAUUAUUUGAAAACGAUUUUUCCGGGGAAAUCCCUCCGGAGUUUGGUGAAUUCAGAAAGCUCGUGAACAUUUCGUUAUACAGAAACAGACUGACUGGUUCUAUUCCUCAAAAGAUUGGAUCUUGGGCUGAGUUCGAUUACAUCGACGUGUCCGAGAAUUUCUUGACGGGUCCUAUUCCUCCAGACAUGUGCAAUAAGGGGAAAAUGCACGAGCUGCUCGUACUUCAGAACAAGCUCACCGGCGAAAUCCCGGCCACUUAUGCUAACUGUUUGUCUCUGCGUCGAUUCAGAGUGAGCAAUAAUUCUCUCUCCGGCGUCGUACCUUCUGGAAUUUGGGGGUUACCAAACGCUGAAAUUAUCGAUAUUGAAUUGAAUCGCUUGGGAGGUUCAGUUACUUCAAAUAUCGAGAAUGCGAAGACGUUGGCUCAAAUAUUCGCUAGACAAAACCUCUUAUCCGGUGAAAUACCAGAAGAGAUUUCAAAAGCUACCUCCUUGGUGACCGUUGACUUGGGCGAGAAUCAAAUUUCUGGGAAAAUCCCAACGAGUAUUGGUGAGCUUAAACAAUUAAGCAGUCUAAAUUUACAGAGUAACAAGUUAUCUGGCCCAAUCCCAGAUUCUCUGGGUUUGUGCGUAUCCCUCAGCGACAUCAACCUAUCUCAAAAUUCACUCGGAAAAAUGCCUUCUACUCUGGGAUCUUUACCAGUCCUUAAUUCUCUGAACCUGUCAACAAAUGAACUUUCUGGCGAAAUUCCGGCGAGUUUCUUGCGACUCCGAUUGAGCCUUUUUGAUUUAUCAAACAACAAAUUAGCCGGUUCAAUCCCACAAGGUCUGUCUUUUCAAGCUUACAAAGGAAGUCUUGAUGGAAACCCCGGUCUCUGCACCGUGGACGUCAAUGUCACCUUCUUCAAGCCUUGCUCUGUACAUUCCGACAUUCCCAGACAUAUCCGCACAUUCCUCGUUUGCUUCUCAAUAGGCUUAAUCAUGCUUCUCCUCUGUCUGAGCCUUUACUGGCAACUAAAGAAGAAGGAGGAAUAUCGAGAACGCUCUCUAAAGGAAGAAUCUUGGGAUAUAAAAUCCUUCCACGUGCUAAGCUUCACAGAGGAUGAGAUUCUAGAUUCCAUCAAGCAAGAGAAUCUCAUAGGAAAAGGAGGCUCCGGGAACGUGUACAGAGUCGCGCUCUCCAACGGCAAAGACCUCGCCGUUAAGCAUAUAUGGAAGACCGACAGCGGCGGUCGGAAAAGGAGCCGGAGCAGUGCUCCUAUGAUCGGGAAACGCGGGGAAAAAUCAAAGGAAUUUGAUGCGGAAGUUCAGGCAUUGAGCUCAAUAAGGCACGUGAAUGUGGUGAAGCUGUACUGCAGCAUAACAAGCGAGGAUUCGAAUUUAUUGGUGUACGAGUAUAUGCCCAAUGGGAGCUUGUGGGAUAUGCUUCACACUAACGAGAAGAUGCAGCUGGAUUGGGAGACAAGGUACGAGAUUGCCGUGGGAGCAGCGAAAGGGUUGGAAUACCUCCAUCAUGGGUGCGAGAGGCCCGUGAUUCAUAGGGAUGUGAAGUCCAGCAACAUUUUGUUGGAUGAGUUCUUGAAACCCAGGAUUGCAGAUUUCGGACUAGCUAAGAUUGUCCAAGUCAACGCGGGCAAAGAUUCUACUCAUCUAGUUGCUGGAACUCAUGGCUACAUUGCCCCCGAAUAUGGGUACACGUACAAGGUGAACGAGAAGAGCGAUGUAUAUAGCUUUGGAGUGGUGUUGAUGGAGCUGGUGACGGGGAAGAGGCCGAUAGAAGCUGAAUUUGGGGAGAACGAGGACAUAGUGAGCUGGGUGAGCAGCAAAGUGCAGCAACAAAACAGGGAGAAGAUAAUGGGAAUAGUGGACUCAAGAAUCCCACAAGUGUACAGAGAAGAGGCGAUGAAGGUGUUGAGGAUAGCUAUUAUGUGCACGGCCAGGCUGCCAGCAUUGAGACCCACCAUGAGAAGUGUGGUUCAGAUGCUGGAGGAUGCUGAGCCUUGUAAGUUAAUUGUGGUCACCAAAGAUGACUCUGCCAAGAAGCUGCAGAUCCAUGAGGCUGCAAAGCUUUCUUGAGAAUUUUGGGUCUGGACAAUACAGCACUGUACAAUAUUUGACUCUGGAGUUAGUCGUAGCCAAGUUUGGAGAAACCCAGGAGGGUGAAAUUAGAAAAUAGGACUUGCUGAUAAUAAAAGGAACUAAAGGAUGGAUCCGAGUUAGAUUGUGUUUCAACUAUGAGCAUGGGUUGUAAUAUAAUGCAUUUUAAUCAGCUAGUCACGUAAAUCUUUAAAAUCCUAAUCCAUGGUCUCUUUCUCUGUC